AUGAGCUCAAACUCCCUGCCUGGCUUGCGGACUGAGUUGGCCGAGUUGCAGCGAGAGAUUAGGCAGUUGCAGGAGAGAGCUAGCAGGCUUGAGGCGAAGGUGAGAGAGUUAGAAGAGGGUGAGUUUGAACUCAUUUCUUCUGCCCCCAGUGAGCGAGACAGUGCGAGAGUGUCAGGAGAGGUUGCCACUGCGGACACUGCAGGUCGUAUCGCAUUGGCUCAGCAGAUUGGCCGUUUUCUCCUCCGCUGUUUGAGUGGGGAAUUUCGAGGCACCUCAGGGCGCGAGAGGCUGAAAUUGCAAAACCGCUAUUACAUUGUGUGUGCUGAUUUCAACGGCCGUCGCCUUCCCGACCCUUUGUUUGUUGACAACUUUGCCUCUGUCAAGCAUUUGUGCAAAAGAGGACCAUCAGCUGGUGAUUCAAUUUUUGUGGGCGUUGCCACAAAGUGGGAAGCAAAGUUAGUGUUUGAGGAUGUCUUGGACGCUCUUUUGGUGACAGAGGAGGGCGUUGCCAGGACUAGCUAUCAACUUUGUCACUUGCCAUUUGAAGUGGAGGCUGAAGCCCUCGAAGUGAACCUUGUUCCCAUUGCGGUCCACCAAAACAAGCUCUUGGUGGCCGUGCCCUUUGAAGCAUGGAAUCGUACAGUCGCGGAGCGCAUUUUGCCCCGCGGAGCUCUCAGCAAAGCAGUUUUGAUCGAAGUAUUGGUGGCUUACGUAGUGCAGCCCGAAGUGGUUCUUGCGAAAGCCCCCAUGAAGUUGUGGGUAGCCUUAAUGGAUCGGGCUUGGAGCAGGCGGCUGGUUCUUGGCCGACACAUGGAUGCAGCGGCCGACAUCUACUGCGCCGAGCUCGAAGGAGGAGAAACGAUGCCUUAUGGACCGGGUCUAGCAGAGGUCUCAGACGAGCAUUUUGCUUUCCAGUCAGCCCUCAGUGCCCAUCACGAGGGCCCCGAUCCGGGCUUCGACGAAGAAGCCGACGCAGAGGAAAGAUCAAGCGGAGGCCGCAGAGGAGACGACGAAUGGGAAGAGAGAAUGGGCAGGAUGGAGGUGGCCAUGUUCGAGAUGAAGGAAGCUAUGAGCCAGCUGGUGAAGUCCGCACCCCAGACACCCGCGCCUGCUGCUCCAGUAGGGGCUCGUCCGAAAGUGGCGGCCUCGCCAAAGCGGCCGGGCGAGGUGCUCAUCCCCGGCCUGGAUCCUACUGUGGUUCGCUCGGCUCGCGAAGCCGGUAUCCCCGACAGCCAGCUGAGAAAGUUGGCAGCCACCCUGAGGAAGCCUACGAAGAUGGGCGAUGCUCCGAAGGCUACAGGUCGCAAGGAGAAGAAAAAGGCCACAGUUUUGAGCGAGACGGAGGAGGAGGAAGAGGCUCCUUCGCAAGAAGACGAAGCGGCCGAAGACUCCGAUAUCGAAGAAGUGGCCGCUACACCUGUAGAGAAGGCACUGUUGAAGUUGACCAAGAUUGUAGGGAACUUGAGCAGAGACACAAAGAAGGCUGGCGACUUAGACAGCUUGCUGGAGAAUGUGGAUGUCGACGGAGGGGAUGCGAGCCAGACCGGCUCCAGCAGAGGGAAGGCAGCUGCCUACCAAAAGCUCCGGUCUGCUCUGACCGAGAACCCCAAGGCCAUCUACAGUGCAAUAGAAGCCCUUCUCGAAAAAGAUUUCAACACCAUGAGAUCCGCCCCUGGGUCCAGCCAGCAGCAGACGUCAGCCCGUGCCUGGCUGGAGCAUCGCAGCCGUGUGGGAAACUUCCCAACGACAAUCCGCUACGCUUGGUGCAUAGCAGGGAUUUGGGACUGCCUGAGGACAGGCGCCUACAAGGAGGCCCGGGCUCAGGCGGCGGUGGCCAUUGCAGCUUGCGACCAGACCUCGCUCGAUGCGGGGUCCUGGCUGCUCAGCCAGGAAGUGCUGCUGGAGCAGAGCCCUCCGAUGCAAGCCUUCCAAAGUCGCAGGCCGAUCGAUCAGUGGGAGCAGACCGGCACGAAGCUGCUGGACGACCGCAUGAUGGAGGUCCUGCUCUGGAAGGUCAAGAACAAAGACAACUACCUGGAGGCGCGCCGUCGGCUCAGUGGCAGGGGCAAAGGCGAACCUUCCCGCACCAAUUCAGACUUCAAGCCGGAGAAGGGCACAAAAGACAAGAAAGCGGGAAAGGGAGGAGGAAAAAGCGAAAAGAAGGGACCGUCAGAGACGGCCCCGCCCCAGCCAUAG